GGAGGAGAAACCGCGCGCCUUCGUCCUCCCACGGUGGCCCCGCCGCGGUCCGGCCCGGGAGGCCCGGUACCGGCGGCUGUUGAGGCGGGAGCGGAGGCCCAGGGAACACGGGAGCAGGAGGGCGGGCGGGCGCGCUGCUGGAUUCGCGUUCGUCGGGGCUACGGGGCUACCUUCCCACCAGCCCGUCCGGGGAACAACCGGCCGGGCUUCCGGGGAGAGGGCCCUCACCUUCUCUUCUCCGGCACCAGCCUCCUCCAUUUUUCCGGGCCUUGCGUGGAGCAUUUUGGCGGAUGUAUUUGAAUGAAUGAAUGUCACUGGGGCCCUUUCCAAUCCCCCACUCUCCCCAAGCAUCUGCGGGUGGUGUGGCAUCGUGAGAAGAGCGCUAAGUUGUUGGCGACCUGGGUGCGAGUCUCAGUUUUGUCACUAACUGGUGAUGUGACCCUGGGCAAGUUUCAAUCUCUGUUUUUUUCUAAGACUCUCUUGAAAGAGGACAGCAUUCCCAAUGUCCCAGUUUAAGCGCCAGCGGAUCAACCCGCUUCCAGGGGGACGCAACUUCUCAGGCGCAGCUUCAACAUCUCUUCUGGGUCCUCCUCCUGGUUUGCUCACUCCUCCUGUGGCCACAGACCUGUCCCAAAAUGCCAGGCACCUUCAGGGUGGGGAGAAGCAGCGGGUCUUCACUGGCAUUGUUACCAGCUUGCAUGACUACUUCGGGGUGGUGGAUGAAGAGGUCUUUUUUCAGCUAAGUGUGGUGAAGGGCCGGCUGCCCCAGCUGGGUGAGAAGGUGCUGGUGAAGGCUGCAUACAACCCAGGCCAGGCAGUGCCCUGGAAUGCUGUCAAGGUGCAAACGCUCUCCAACCAGCCCCUGCUGAAGUCCCCAGCACCUCCCCUUCUCCAUGUGGCAGCCCUGGGCCAGAAGCAAGGGAUUCUGGGAGCUCAGCCCCAGCUGAUCUUCCAGCCUCACCGGAUUCCCCCGCUCUUUCCUCAGAAGCCUCUGAGUCUCUUCCAAACAUCCCACACACUUCAUCUGAGCCACCUGAACAGAUUUCCUGCUCGGGGCCCUCACAGCCGAUUGGAUCAAGGCCGAAGCGAUGACUAUGACUCCAGGAAACGCAAACAGCGGGCUGGCGGAGAGCCUUGGGGCGCCAAGAAACCGAGGCACGACCUGCCUCCGUACCGGGUGCAUCUCACUCCCUAUACUGUGGACAGCCCCAACUGUGACUUCUUAGAGCUCCAGCGCCGCUACCGCAGCCUCCUGGUUCCCUCCGAUUUCCUGGCUGUGUGUCUGAGCUGGCUGUCGGCCUUCCCUCUGAGCCAGCCCUUUUCCCUCCAUCCUCCAAGCCGCAUCCAGGUAUCUUCUGAGAAGGAGCCGGCUCCAGAUGCUGGUGCUGAGCCCAUCCCUGCAGACAGUGACCCCGCUUACAGUUCCAAGGUACUGCUGCUCUCUUCCCCGGGACUGGAGGAAUUGUAUCGUUGUUGCAUGCUCUUUGUGGAUGACCUGGCUGAGCCGAGGGAGACGCCAGAACAUCCUCUGAAGCAGAUUAAGUUUUUGCUGAGCCGGAAAGAAGAAGAGGCAGUGCUGGUUGGGGGUGAGUGGUCUCCCUCUCUGGACGGCCUCGACCCCAAGGGUGACCCGCAGGUGCUCGUCCGCACUGCCAUCCGCUCUGCGAAAGCCCAGACGGGCAUUGACUUGAGCGCCUGCACCAAGUGGUGGCGCUUUGCGGAGUUUCAGUACCUGCAGCCGGGUCCCCCGAGGCGGCUCCAGACUGUGGUGGUGUACCUGCCCGACGUCUGGACCAUCAUGCCUACUUUGGAAGAGUGGGAGGCCCUGUGUCAGCAGAAGGCCGCAGAGGCAGCUUCCACGCCCCAAGAGGUGUCUGGGGAAGCAGAGCCUCCGGAGCAGGCAGCUGAUGCCUCCGAGCCUGUAGCAGACACCUCUAAACAGAACGCAGAGAAUCCGGAGGCCACGGCACAGCCGGAAACGGACACCGAUCUCCCAGAGGCCCCUCCACCCCCUCUAGAACCUGCCGUCAUGGCACGCCCGGGCUGUGUCAACCUGUCCCUCCAUAGUAUUGUGGAGGACCGGAGGCCAAAAGAAAGGAUCUCUUUUGAAGUGAUGGUGUUGGCUGAGCUGUUUCUGGAGAUGUUGCAGAGGGAUUUUGGCUAUAGGAUUUAUAAGAUGCUGCUGAGCCUUCCUGAAAAGGUAGUGGCCCUGCCUGAACCUGAGAAGGAGGAGGCAGCCAAAGAAGAAGAAACAGUCAAGGAAGACUCUGCCAAGGAGCCCAAGGACGAGGUACAGAGUGAGGGGACAGCUGCCGAGUCAGACGCCCCUCCGAAGGAAGAUGGGCUUUUGCCCAAACCUCCGUCUUCCAGUGGAGAGGAGGAAGAGAAACCCCGGGGUGAGGCAUCCGAGGACCUCUGUGAGAUGGCCCUUGACCCAGAGCUGCUCCUCCUGAGGGAUGACGGCGAAGAGGAGUUUGCAGGAGCCAAGCUGGAGGAUUCGGAGGUCCGGUCGGUUGCCUCGAACCAAUCAGAGAUGGAGUUCUCUUCUCUUCAGGACAUGCCCAAGGAGCUGGACCCCUCUGCUGUGCUCCCUUUGGACUGUCUUCUUGCUUUUGUCUUCUUUGAUGCCAACUGGUGUGGCUACUUGCAUCGGCGAGACUUGGAGAGGAUCUUGCUCACCCUUGGGCUGCGGCUCAGUGCAGAGCAGGCCAAACAGCUGGUCAGCAGGGUGGUGACCCAGAACAUCUGCCAGUACCGGAGCCUUCAGUACAGCCGCCAAGAGGGCACGGACGGAGGGCUGCCCGAGGAGGUGCUCUUCGGAAACCUGGACCUGCUACCUCCGUCUGCGAAAAGCGCAAAGCCGGGCGCCGCCCCCACGGAACACAAAGGCCUGGUGUCCCACAACGGCAGCCUGAUCAACGUGGGGAACCUGUUGCAGCGUGCAGAGCAGCAGGACAGCGGGCGGCUCUACCUGGAGAACAAGAUCCACACACUGGAACUGAAGCUGGAGGAGAGCCAUAACCGGUUCUCGGCCACGGAGGUCACAAACAAGACACUGGCGGCGGAGAUGCAGGAGCUGCGGAGCCGGCUGGCCGAGGCCGAGGAGACGGCCCGGACGGCCGAGCGCCAGAAGAACCAGCUGCAGCGGCUGCUCCAGGAGUUCCGGAGGCGCCUGACCCCCCUGCAGCUGGAGAUGCAGCGGAUGGUUGAGAAGGCGGACAGCUGGGUAGAGAAGGAGGAGCCAGCACCUAGCAACUGAGGGGCCUGGUGCAGGAGCUGCCCUGUGAGGUCAGCGAUGGAGCCUGCUGACGUUAGAGCCCUUUUGGUUCCAGAAAGACGCUGGAGCAGGACCUGGGAGCCAUAGGCAGGGGUGGCUGACCCCUGUGCUCAGCCUCCGUAGAGGAGCUCAGGCCGUCAGGGUGGGGUCUGUGCUGUGUGGGACGGAUGAGUGGGGAACCCCGGCUCCACUGACAACUAAAUCCAACGCCUUCUGCACCCCUCGAAUGUCAUUCUGCCCUCCACCGUGGUAUUUCUCCUGGGGCCCUUUAGUCUCGUGCUCACUUUCUCCUGUCCUCUUCCAGUUUAGAAUAAGACGGGAGGAAAAGGCUUUUCAAAUAUGUCAUAAGGUCUGAUGCCAAUAAACUGAAGAAACAGCCGUGGAGUCUGGCGGGGGUUAAGAGCCCUUCCUCUGGAUGGCACAAACCCUGCUAGGUACAGGAGCAGGUUCUUGGGGGAAGGGUCUCCCUUGGCCAUCGCAGGAAUGGAGUCCGUGCUAGCGAACUCUUGGUGUUGGGCUGUGUCUGCCAGAGAGCACUGUGUUCCAGCCACCCCAGACUUGCCAGAAGAAACCAGCACCUCCCCAUGUUCAGAAUGUGGUAUUGGCUCUGGCCCAGCCUUUUUCCCUGUUGCCCCAUAAGUCUCGCCUCUUUCCAUAAUCCGUGGUUUGACUUUGUAUAUAAAGUUGGUUUUUUUUUUUUUUUUGGCUUUUUGUUUUUUAAA